AUGUUUCGUACUAACUGUAAUUACACUAUUGGUUCUUAUGCUUGCGACCUGAGCAGCAACCACUUCACAGGCGCCAUUCCCCCGACACUCUUUUGGAACAACCCCAACCUCAUCAACCUCAACCUGGCCAACAACAUGCUCACCGGCCACCUGCCUCAGCAGAUCGCCAAUGCCUCCUGGCUGCAGUCCCUGUUCCUGGCGGACAACAACCUGACGGGCGGCAUUCCGGACAUGGCGGGGCUGCCAAGCCUGGUGGCGCUCUCCCUCUACGAUAACGACUUCACUGCCGUGCCGCCCGCCCUGCUCAACCACACCAACGUCACUCUGCAGCUGCACGGCAGCGACCUCUGCAAGCCCUUCUGCACGGAAACCGCUCAGCACUGUCCUUUCUUCUCCCCCCCCGUUUCCUCCUUCCCUUUCCUCCCCACCCCCAGACUAUACGGCAACGACCUGUGCAAGCCCUUUCGCACGGAGAUCGUACAGCAGUGCUCCCCGCCGCGCCCCCUCACGCAGUACACAGCGGGCGCCAUCUGCCCCGAGCUCGCGUGCGCCAGCGACCUCUUCCGCCCCAGCCACCCGCUGUUCCGCGACGCCAGUGAGUGCGUGUGCGUGUCGCCGCUGCGCGCCGAGCUGGGGCUGUACCUCACGGACCUCGUCGUCUUCUCCGCCGACCUCGUGGAGAGCCUCGAGGACAAGCUCUUCUCGCAGCUCACCACCCGCGCGCACAUCAACAUCACGCGCAAUCAGAUCGCGGACCUCGUGGUGUUCACAGACGACCUCGUGGUGUUCACAGACGACCUCGUGGUGUUCACAGACGACCUCGUGGUGUUCACAGACGACCUCGUGGUGUUCACAGACGACCUCGUGGAGAGCCGCGAGGAGAAGCUCUUCACGCAGCUGAUGGGCAGGGCGCGCAUCAACAUCACUCGCACGCGCGCUGCGCUACGCUCCCUUGCCUUUGCGCCUCCCGAAACACUUGGCGUGCAAGUGACGGGCAUCAGCAGCCGUGCGUCACUCGCCUCGCUGGCAUCAACAUUCGCCUCAGACCACACGACGCACGAGUCCACGCUCAUCAUCACCGCGCUCUUCUUCCCGCCCGCCGGGGACGACUCCUGGCUCCCAAGCGACACGCCACGCGCCAUCCGCGCCGCCCUCUCCACGCGCGACCCGUCGCUGCGCGCCAACCUGGACGAGUUCGGGUCGUACCGCGUCGAAGCCUUCUACGGCCCCGCCCGUGCGUCCGGAGGGGGGGGGGGGGAGUUUGAGGGAAAGGGAAAGUGGGGGAAGGUUGGCAGGUGUGUGCAGGUGUUCCAUGCGAUGGAGGACCUUCAAGGUCACACAGACACGUCCUUGACCCGCUUCCUCCCUGCUUCCUCCCUGAUUCCUCCCUGCUUCCUCCCUGCUUCCUCCCUGCUUCCUCCCUGCUUCCUCCCUGCUUCCUCCCUGCUUCCUCCCUGCUUCCUCCCUGUUUCCUCCUUCUUCCUCCUUCUUCCUCCUUCUUCCUCCUUCUUCCUCCUUCUUCCUCUCUCUCUUCUUCCUUCAUCACCGUUCCUCAGCUUCCCCAUUCCCCCCGUCCGUCCACCCCACACACACCGCCGUGCAGCAUACAAGGCGCCCGAGCAGGCGGCGUCAGCGCUAAGCCCGGGCACCAUCGCGGCCAUCGCCAUCUGCUGCGCCACGCUCGUCAUCUCGCUCGCGCUCGUGCUGCUCUUCCGCCCCUGGGAGAAGCGAGGUGAGGGAAGGAGGCUGGCACAGGAGGAGGCAGUGGAGCUAGUGUUGUUGCACACACGCGCUGCCUUGGGUGAUCUCGUUGCACACAUAGCUGCCCUCCCCGAUUCACCGCCCUCCUCUGCUCGCCACCACCCUAUCUCCAUCCCUCACUGCAGUCGUUCUCCCUUCCCUUGUCAUCCACGCUUCACCAUUCGCCACCCUCCCCCACUCAUCGCCCCCCUGGCAGGGUGGAGCAGUGCGGACUACUCAGCACUGGAGGGCAUCAACCUGGGCCACGCGCGGCGCUACUCGCUGCAGCAGCUGCACGACGCCACCCACGGCUUUGAUGACCAGCUCGUGCUGGGGCAGGGCGGAUACGGCAAGGUAUGGCUGGGGCAGGGCGGAUACGGCAAGGUAUGGCUGGGGCAGGGCGGAUACGGCAAGGUAUGGCUGGGGCAGGGCGGAUACGGCAAGGUAUGGCUGGGGCAGGGCGGAUACGGCAAGGUAUGGCUGGGGCAGGGCGGAUACGGCAAGGUAUGGCUGGGGCAGGGCGGAUACGGCAAGGUAUGGCUGGGGCAGGGCGGAUACGGCAAGGUAUGGCUGGGGCAGGGCGGAUACGGCAAGGUAUGGCUGGGGCAGGGCGGAUACGGCAAGGUAUGGCUGGGGCAGGGCGGAUACGGCAAGGUAUGGCUGGGGCAGGGCGGAUACGGCAAGGUAUGGCUGGGGCAGGGCGGAUACGGCAAGGUAUGGCUGGGGCAGGGCGGAUACACCCUGCCUGCACCACACCCUGCCUGCACCACACCCUGCCUGCACCACACCCUGCCUGCACCACACCCUGCCUGCACCACACCCUGCCUGCACCACACCCUGCCUGCACCACAGCAUUCUCUCAGCCUUCCCGCUGGCAGUCAGCAAGGCGGCACAGCGGCACCGCGUCCUUCCCCCACCCCUCCGCUUCCCCCUGUCUUCCCUCUAUUAUGUGACCUCCUCUUCCGCGUGUUCCGUGGCACCUUUCCCCCCAUUCUCCCCCUUGUUCCCCCCAUUCUCCCCCUUGUUUCCCCCCAUUCUCCCCCUUGUUUCCCCCCAUUCUCCCCCUUGUUUCCCCCCAUUCUCCCCCUUGUUUCCCCCCAUGCAUGCCACGUGUACGAGGGCGUGCUGAAUGGCGAGGUGGUACCGAUAAGCAACGCAACACAGCGCCCCCAACCCCUUCCCCGGUCCCCCUGUCUUUCCCAACCCCCCAGUCCCUCCCUCGUUGCGAACCAGGUGUACCUCGGGGUGCUGAGCGGUCAGAUGGUGAAGCAGGCGCGGUGGAGGCAGGCACCCACCCCCUCCGCUUCCCCCCUCCCGCCCGUUGCCCCCCUCAGAGGGGAGCUGAACGGCGAGGCGGUGGCGAUAAAGAAGGCGACGGAGAAGCACCGGCACGACGGGGCGGACUUCAAGAACGAGAUCGAGCUGCUCACCGCCGUGUCGCACGGCAACCUCGUGCGCCUCACGGGUUUCUGUGUGGAGAAGGACGAGCAGCUGCUGGUGUUCGAAUUCAUGGAGGGCGGUGCUCUUGACGUGUGGAUCAAAGGUGUGAUUGCCAUCCAAUAUGCUUCGCAUGUAGUGCCGUGCAUGCGGUUGGGUGUGUGGGUCACGGGUGUGCCUGCCAGUGGAUUCUCUGUGGACUGGGAUUGCAAGCUGCACCGGAGUGCUGUGUACACCCAAGUGCCCCCCUCCCUGCUCCACUCCUCUUGCAUGUGCCUUUUCUUUUUCAUCCUCUCAUUCCUCUCAACGACCAUCCCCGUCCUGUACACAUCCAAUCCCACGCCACCUGCUGGAUCUGCUGACGUGGCCACAGGCAAGAUGAGUCGCUUGCUGACGUGGCGGGAGCGGAUGCACAUAGCUCUGAACGCGGCGAGUGCGCUGCACUACCUGCACCGGGAGAUGAAGCCUGCCAUCGUGCACCACGACAUCAAGCGGGCGAACAUCCUACUGACAGCGGCACUGGAGGCGAAGGUGGCGGACUUUGGCAUCUCCAAGUCCAUGCCCGAGCGCGGGGAGCUCGUGCCCGACGAGAUCGUGGGCAGCAAGGGUUACAUCGACCAAUACUUCGUGCAUUCAGGAGUGCUGACGGAGAGCAGUGACGUGUACAGCUUUGGGGUGGUGCUGCUGCAGCUCGCCACGGGGCAGCCGGCGCUCAUCCAGCACGUGCCGCUCAGCCAGGUCGUGCUGCACCUCGCCUUCGGCCCGCAGGGCCUCUCCUCCGUCGUCGACCCGCGCCUCCACCACGCCCUCCUCGCGUCUGCCGCCGCCGCUGACGGCGCCAAUGCUUCCGCGGCCGCCGCUGCUGCUGCGGGUGUGGUUGGUGGCUGUGCGGGGGAGUGGGAGGAAGGGGGAGUGAGUGCGCGGGAGAUGGUAGCCGGGGUGGAGGAGACGUUCAGCACGUUCCUGCGGAUCGCGCUGUGGUGCACCACGGAGCACCCCACGCUGCGCCCCGACAUGGAGCAGGUCGUGUCGGAACUGCGCAGCAUCCGAGACCAGCUAGGAGCGGGGACGGCUGGUGGAGGCAGCAGCAGCAGAAGCCCGCAUGGGACCCCCAGUGGGUUCACCACGCCCUCGUCCUUCCACGGCUCGCUGCCCCCCCUUGACGCCAGUGCUUUCAGCAGCCCCAGCGUGACGGAGGAACAGAGCAUGAGCGGCACACAGGAGUACACGUGGAGCGGUUAUAGCGCCGCACGGGGGGCUGCUUCUCAUCCCAGCUAUCCCCCUGCCACCUCUGCUGGUGGUGGUGGUGGUGGUGGUGGUGGUGGUGGUGGUGGUGGUGGUGGUGGUGGUGGUGGUGGUGGUGGUGGUGGUGGUGGUGGUGGUGGUGGUGGUGGUGGUGGUGGUGGUGGUGGUGGUGGUGGUGGUGGUGGUGGUGGUGGUGGUGGUGGUGAAGCGUCACCAGGGGCCCACAGGCAGCAAGCGGCACAGCAGCAACAGGGCGCGGCACGGGGGGCGGGUGGAUUGGCUCCCCUAUGGGGCCCUGGCCUUGUCGCUGGGGUGCACCCCCCUCCAUCCAGUGCCGCCCAGGGGGAUGCGGCGAUGGGAAGGGGGUACGCUGGGGGCGUGCGUGGUGCAGCUGGUGGAGUCACAGACGAGGAACAAGGGCACACUGAGACGAUCACGGGACCGCGUGCUCGGUAG